GUCAACAAGCCUUGGAGGAGCCUCUAGCCUGAACCAAAGCACUAUGGAGUCCCUGCUCUCAAGUCACAGCACUAAGAGUGACGAAUCUCAUGGAAAUCUCAUUGAAGACGGCCUGGUUCAGUUGAGAUGUCACUUCACAUGGGGGUUGUUCGUGGAAGCCCUUGAAAUGCCUGAUUUAGAAAACAGGGUCUGGGAAGAGAUUCAUUUCCUAGACACCAAAUACAAUGUGGGAAUCCACAACUUACUGGCCUAUGUGAAACACUUGAAAGGUCAGAAUGAGGAAGCCCUGGAGAGCUUGAAAGAGGCUGAAGACUUAAUCCAGAGAGAACACACUGACCAAGCAGAUGUGAGAAGUCUGGUGACCCGGGGCAACUUUGCCUGGGUAUAUUUCCACAUGGGCAGGCUGGCAGAAGCCCAGACUUACCUGGACAAGGUGGAGAACACUUGCAAGAAGCUUGCCAAUCCUUCCCGCUACAGAAUAGAAUGUCCGGAAAUGGACUGUGAGGAAGGGUGGGCCUUGAUGAAAUGUGGAAGAAAGAAUUAUGAACGGGCCAAGGCCUGCUUUGAAAAGGCUCUGGAAGUGGACCCUGGCAACCCUGAAUUCAGCACCGGGUAUGCAAUUACCGUCUAUCGCUUGGAUAGCUUUCACAUAUCAGCUGAGAGAAAUACUGCAAUUUCUCUGCAGCCCCUAGAACGGGCAGUCAGGCUAAAUCCAGAAGAUGCAUAUAUUAAGGUUCUCCUUGCACUGAAGCUUCAGGAUGUCGAACAGGAGGCAGAAGGAGAAAGAUACAUUGCAGAGGCUCUGGCCAGCAAGUCCUCAAAGGUCUAUGUCCUUCGAUAUGCGUCCAAGUUUUACCGAAGAAAGGGCUCUCUGAAUAAAGCUCUUCUGCUCUUAAAAACGGCCUUGCAGGACACACCCACCUCUGCCUUCCUGCAUCACCAGAUAGGGCUUUGCUACAGGGCACAAAUGAUCCAAAUUAAGGAAGCUACGAACAUGCAGCCUCGAGGGCAGGAUAGAGAAGAUGUGGCCAGAUUGGUUCAAUCGGCUAUAUGUGAAUUUCAGAAGACUUUAAAACUCAAGCCCACAUUUGAGUUGGCUUAUGUUGACCUGGCUGAAAUGUUGGCAGAAACAGGCGACCACAGACAGGCUGAGGAUACUUUUCAGAAAGCGUUAUGCAUGGAGAUCAUUGACGAUCACAUACGCCAAGAGAUUCAUUACCGCUAUGGCCAGUUCCAAGAACAUCACAGGAAAUCUGAAGAUAAAGCAAUCACCCAUUAUUUAAAAGGUCUGAAAAUAGAAAAAAUGUCCUAUGCCAGGGGAAAACUUCUCCAUGCUUUAGAGAAAUUGGCUAAAAGAUGUAUUCACCGGAAUGUACGUGUUGUGGAAAGUUUCAGCCUCCUUGGGCUCAUCCACAAAUUGAAAGAGGAAGUGAGUGAUGCCCUCCUGUGCUACGAGAGGGCUCUGAGGCUGGCUACUGACCUGAACCCUAUGUUUUGAAACAGAGGUCAUCAUUCCCCACGUAAAGAUCUCAUGAGUAUAUAUAAUGACUGUGAAGUGAAAUAAAGCAAACUUAAAGCUAAUGGGGCUUUACAUUAUUUUGAGCCUUGAGAGACAUGUGGCUAUGUGGC